CACUUGUUUACAAACAGUGCAUGGAAGUGUUGUGUUUACUGUUUGCGAAUUGGAGGUGUUUACAAAAUGAAUACUAGGUUGUUUAGAGAUACGUCUAGUAACGUAUCUGUGGUUUUUACCGACCAAGGCAAACCGCCAAAAACUACAAACAACACGGACGAGAAAGUAUACGGGAACGAAGAUAUAGAUUCUUCUGCUCCAGACAAACCCCUUGACGUUGGUGAACAUUAUGUGGUGCGAAGGCCCGAUGGUUCUUUGCAUCCAGCCAUUAUUAUUCAGUCACGACGUAAUGAUGAUGAAGGAUACUUCGAUUAUUAUGUCCAUUAUGAAGGAUACGACAGACGUUUGGAUGAAUGGGUUCAAAGAGAAAGGGUGAUGACAACACAACAGUUUGAUCAGGACUGGAAAGAUGAUCAGCAAAGUAGAACAAUGAAUUUACUGUUGAAUCAGACAGACAGAAAAAUAACACGCAAUCAGAAACGGAAACAUUGUGAAGUUUAUCAUCAUCAGAAGAGGAAUAUCAGUGAAGACGAUACAGACCCAACAUCUGCUGCUCUUGAAGAGGAGCAUGAAGCAUUAACAAAAGUAAAGUACAUUGAUCGCAUACAAAUUGGACGAUAUGAGAUUGAUACAUGGUAUUUUAGUCCAUACCCUGAGGAGUAUGGAAAGCAAUCAAAACUGUGGAUUUGUGAAUAUUGUCUCAAGUACAUGCGACUAGAGAAGACCUUUAGGUAUCACAUGAGUGAGUGCAUUUUUAGGCAACCUCCAGGCAAGGAAAUCUAUCGAAAAAAUUCAAUUGCAAUAUGGGAAGUUGACGGAAAGGAUCAUAAGAUAUACUGUCAGAAUUUGUGUCUUCUGGCAAAAUUGUUCCUUGAUCAUAAGACUCUCUUCUUUGAUGUUGAACCAUUUCUUUUCUAUAUACUGUGUGAAGUGGAUAAACAUGGUUCUCAUCUUGUUGGUUAUUUCUCAAAAGAGAAGGAAUCCCCAGAUGGUUAUAAUGUAGCAUGCAUUCUAACACUUCCUCCAUAUCAAAGACAGGGUUAUGGAAAAUUGCUCAUUGCGUUCAGCUAUGAACUUUCGAAACUAGAGGAGGUUGUUGGCAGUCCUGAAAAGCCACUGUCAGAUCUUGGACGCUUGAGUUAUCACUCAUACUGGUCAUGGGUUAUUCUUGAGAUAUUACGGGACUUGAGAGGAAUAAUCUCAAUCAAGAAAAUAAGUCAGAUGACAAGUAUCACAGAAGGUGAUAUCACAGCUACAUUGAACUCCAUGGGAAUGGUAAAGUACUGGAAAGGAGAGCAUGUGAUUUGCACCACCCCACAGUUGAUUAGUCUCCUUAUUAAUUCAAGUCAUUUCAAAAAACCAAGGCUCGUUGUAGACACAAGCUCAUUGCAGUGGUUUCCACCAAAGAAAGCUCAGGUGAAUGUAAUAAAGAAAUGAUUGCAUCAUUCUUACAGUAUUACAGGAUACUUCUUCAAAGGCAUGAUUGUGUCUAGUGAUAUCAGCUUGUAACAGUGAUGUUUUGCUUUGUUGUAAAACUAACUGCACUUGCUCAUGUUACUUAGAUGUAGUAUAUUUUCCAUCUGAAUAAUUGAUAUAAAUGCCACCUUUACUAUCUUAACUAAAUUAUAUGGAUGUGUCCAUUGGUGUAACAUGUACGAGGGGGUACCCAAAAGAAACAGAACUUAUUUUUUUUUAAACUUAUUUAUUCAAAUUUUAAGCACAAACC